CUGACGACGUGGAUUUAUAAGUUGGCGCUCGGAAAGUCAUGUUGGCAAAAGUUUUUGGAACCGUCCAUGCAACCAUUAUUUGUGAUUAGACCAUUGCUUAUCUUCAUACUCUAGCCGGAAAUGGCAGCACCUUCAUUCGUAACCGAGGUCCUUGCAACAGCAGGAAAGCUUGAGAAAGAAGAUCUUAACUCUCAGCUACAGAGUCUGUCUGAACAUAUUGACCAGGUAAAAGCUGAAGUAUAUGACAACCUGCAUAAGCGGUAUGGAGAGUUUCUUCCCUGUCUGAAUGCAACCCUUGACCUCGCGGUUCAAGUAAACACCGUCAAUACUAAUAUGAAGUCGUUGUCAAGCAAGAUCCAGAAUGAGGUACAGAGGGAGCUUCGCAGCUCGUCGGCUGAGUUCCAGGAUCUGCUGCAGCAGCUACACGAAGCCGAUGCGACAAUCGCUGUGCUCAGUCGCGUCGUCGCCAUCCACGAGCUGCUACAGUCGUGCAGCGCCGCCAAGCAGCACGGAGACUUCCUCAAGGUCGCCAAGCAGUCAAACGUGAUUGCUCAUCUACUGCAAGAGAAGGCAGUGAAGGGAGUUGGAGAGGUGAAGGUGAUGAAGGCACUGCAGAUAGAGUUUAGACUGCAGCGUGAAGCCCUCAUCUAUGAUACCAGUGAGAUGUGGAACCAGGUGCUGGUGUGGAGCCUUCCUGAGGAGAAGAGCGGCCGGCGAGACUGCUGCACGACGCUGACCGUCAGCUCGCUGGAGCACACGACGCUGGCGACGCUCGUGCAGGCGAUGGAGUACCUGCGUCACCUGGACGCGCGCGUGCAGGUGUUCAGCCGCCGCCUGCUGCAGCACGUUCUUCUCCCGCUCACCUCGCGCGUCUGCGUCGUCAAGUGCAAACAGAUGGCCGACGGCAACUCCCUCAAGGUGGAGCCGGCGGACGCGGCGGAGCCGGCGAGCCCGAAGGCGGUCUUCGACGGUGUGCUGCGCGUGUUCAAGUUCCUGCACGCGAAUCUGACGCACGUGCGCACGAGUGACGGCGAGGGGGCGCCACUGCUGAUGACGAAGCUGCGCGCGUGCGUGCUCACCGACUUGUGCGAGGCGAUCAUCCGCGACUGCCUCGCGCGCUCGAUCCCGACACAGGCGCGCGACCUUGAACAGUUCGCGGAGGUCAUUGCCGAGACAGAGGCGUUCCAGGCGAGCCUCGUCGAGGUCGGCUUCAUGGCGGACACGGACACGGCCAUCUUGGAGUACGCGCGCAACGUCAACGUGCUGUUUGCGAACAAGAAGUGUGAAGAGAUACUGGAGGCUGCGCGGCGACUCAUGCUGGCCGACGUCCACAACACGGUGAAGGUGUCAAAUGAACCAACGAGUGAAGGAGCUGUUAAGGAAGAGAAAGGCAAGCAGGUCCCGGGACUAGAUUCUUCCAUGUUGGAGGGAGAAGUGCAGCUGAGUGCCUCAACGUUUAGGUUGCCAGCAUGUUGUAUUAGCAAAAGCGUUUGUGAGCUGAUGACGAUGGCGAACGACGUGUUACGCGAGGCGACACGCAGCUCCCCGCAGUGUGCUAUACAACUCUUCUAUUCAGUCAGAAAUAUGUUCGAGAUGUACGCCAGUGUCGUGCCUAUUCAUCACAGAGACAACCUGGUAGAAGUCCCACAGUUCGCAGCCAUACAUCACAAUAACUGUAUGUAUGUGGCACACCAUCUACUCACACUUGGCCAUCAGUACCAGGACAGCCUUCCACCACCUCUUAACCAGGGAGCUGCAACCUUCAUAGAUCUUGUACCACAGAUUCGUAAUAUGGGCACAGACUGUUUUACUGUGCAGAUGCAUCGACAGAUGUCACUACUGUUAGAGUGUUUGGCGGUUGCGAACGGUUUCCAGGCAGUGACAGAGGAGAAUACGACAUCCAGCAAGGCGAUGAAAGCGGUUAAGCAGUGCAUGUAUCAGCUGCACCGGCUGAAUCGGGUGUGGAGAGACGUGCUGCCAGCCAAUAUUAUGUACAAAGCUAUAGGUACGCUGCUAAAUUCGGUCGUGACGGAAGUGAUCAGCAAGAUAUUAGCCCUCGUGGACAUCUCUGCAGAUGAAGCUACAGAGUUGCACUACGUGCUGGACGUCAUAAUCCAGGGGUCAUCAGCGUGCUUUGAGGCUGGAACAGAACUGGAGGUAAAUGCUGUUUCACCAGCCACCAACCACUGUGUUACAAACUGGAUGAAGUUUCAGGAACUUGCUUUCAUACUAAAUUCGAGUAUGUACGACAUCAAGGAGAGGUGGGCAGCAGGAAAAGGCCCCCUAGGGGCAGUGUUCACGCCCAAUGAAUUGAAAUCGCUGAUUAGAGCACUAUUUCAAAACACGGACAAACGAGCAGCUGUCUUAGCAAAAAUCGAAUAGCAAGUGGGUUUAUUUGACGGAUUUUAUAACUGUGAAGCAUGUCAAAGGUAUAUAGAAUAUUGAAAUGUUUUAUUAGCAUGCCUACAACGAAAUCAGUGCCUUGACACAGAAUUGUGUUCAGAGGCGUGUACAGGGGUGGGGGUCCAGGGGGUGGGGGUCCAGGGGGUCCGGACCCCGCUGCUCGUGCAGAAAACGCACCUAAGGGGAUCUAAUUUUUAAAAAAUUCUCCCAGACCCCCCCUUCGCGUGCUCGCAAGUUUGGGUUACGGUUAGACCCCCUCCCCCCCUGGUGCAAAUCCUGUACAUGCCCCUGGUGUUAUUUCAUGUCACUAAGACACAGCUGCCAUAUUUAUGGUAUGUUACAUGCAAAACACUUCUUAUCUUAUUCAUGUUAGCAUAUGAACAUAAAAUGAUUGAAACACGC